AUGGUGUCGGUCAAUGGCGCGAACAGUGGGUUCGAGAACAAGUUUCGCGAGUUCCUCCAGGAGCCCGAGACGCAGGACGCCAUCCGGAAGGAUCAGGCAAAGGAGAUCGCGGUGAUGCGGAAGAUGGAGGAGAUGGAGAAGCUGGAGGAGCUGCAGGGCCAGCGGGAACAGCUUGCGGUGGCGCUGCAGGACCUGCCACCAGAGGCGCAGCGCGUCGUCUACCCCAUCCUUCGGCUCAAGAUGGUGCAAAACCUUCUCUUUGCGACGCUAAAGGAGACCCGCAAGGCAGGCACCUCCUUCGUGCACGCUGUGCGCGACCCCGCGCUGAUGGGGAUGCUGGAGCGGAUGCGCGACGAGCUGCGCAACGAUCCCGAGAACGCCAAGCGCAUCGAGAUGGAGUGGUUCCACAAUGUCGGCAUGUGCGCCGAGGACAAGGUCAAAAAGGCGCCCAAAAAGGAGCGCGGCGUGCUGCCCGCAACGCAGAUGCUGCCCAUCAUCCAGUCGGGCGCGCAGCUGCGCGUGAACGGGAACCACAAGUUCCGGCAGGGCAAGUACAAGGAGGCGCUCGAGAUGUACAUGCAGGGCUGCGUGCACGUCGCGGUGCGCAAGAAUGUCGCCGCCGCCGCCAUCAAGACGCGCGACUGGACCGUCUGUUUGCAGUCGUGCGACACGGUGCUCGGCAUCUGCCCCGAGGACACAAAGUCGCUCUACCGCCGCGCGCUCGCCAACUGGCACCUGGGAGAGGUGGAGGCAGCCACGACCGACUUGGAGUCGAUCCUGCGCAGACCCGUCUCGGACUACUCUGCCCUGGCGGAGAGCAGCGAGGUGAAGAAGCUGGCGCGCUCGAUGAUCCGCCAGAUCGAGGCGAGCGAGGAGCGCGCCGAGGCGAUGGAGCAGCGCAUGGCGCGCGCGCUGACGGCGACCAUCCCUCAAGACGUGGACGAGCGGUACCAGGACGAGCCCGAGCUGGCGCUGGAGGACAACACGGAGGAGGAGCUGCCGCAGGCGCUGCGCGACGCGCUGCGCGCGAGGGAGAGAGCCCUGCUGGAGGAGAGCCUCGAGGAGGAGGGCUAG